AAUUUAAUGAGCUGCAAGGGGCAACGCGGUUAUUUGAAACUUUCGAUUGGAAUUCAAAAAUCUGAAAAAUUGAAAGCUCCCGAUGGCUCUUCUUACCAUGGACUGGAAUAUUUAAACGGCGUUCCGAGGGCGAAACUCGUUUCACGACCGUUGACUGAGAGACGCGGUUUGAAUGAUUCGUAUUAAAAGAAGGUGAUGCGGCAAGCGGCAUAUUUGUUAGGGUUCAAGGAGCAUUGGCAAUUGACACAUCGCACCGAAUGGGAAGCUGCGUCUCGGAUUUGAACGGAGGGAGGCAAGCCGUGGGAGGGGUACGCCAUUCCGCAUCGCCAGGCCCCACACCUCCCCCCGUACACAACGAUGCCGUCGAUUUCUUUUACAGGUCUCAAGGAUUUCAACUUCUCUUCACGCCUCUCGAGCUAUCUCUAUCUGCAAACGACUUACGUGACCGGGACAUUGCAUCAAAGAGUGAUCCCAUGGCGGUUGUAUUUUUAAAGAAACGAGAUGGAAAGCUUGAAGAAUUGGGUCGCACGGAAGUCAUAAUGAACUCUUUGAAUCCUGAGUGGAUCGAGAAAAUUAGUGUUGCGUUUCAGUUCGAGAUUGUGCAAUCACUAGUAUUUCAUGUGUAUGACAUUGAUACCAAGUACCAUAACGUCCCCACUAAGACACUAAAUUUGAAGGAUCAGGAUUUUCUUGGCAUGGCAAGUUGCACUUUAUCUGAGAUAGUGACUAAACAAAGCCGCAGAUUAACCCUUAGGCUCCAAAAGAAAAUCGGGCAUGACGGUAGAAGAAACCUUGGGACGCUUACUAUUCAUGCUGAGGAGACUUUUAAUUCAAGGACUUCUGUUGAGAUCUCGUUCCGUUGUUCCCGCUUGGACAACAAAGACGUCUUUUCCAAAAGUGAUCCUUUCUUAAGAAUAUCAAAAUUAGUUGAGGGUGGAGGAUCUGUUCCAAUUUGCAAAACUGAAGCCAUUAACAACGAUUUAAAUCCAAUAUGGAAGCCAGUUUGCCUUGGGUUUCAGCAGUUUGGAAGUAAAGAUAACCCAUUACUUAUUGAGUGUUUUGAUUUCAAUAGCAGUGGCGACCAUGUGCUUAUUGGUAAAAUGCAGAAGUCUGUUGCAGACCUUGAAAAACUCUACAAAGAGAGAACCGGUGAAAAUUUUGUUGCGCCAUCUAAUCACAGGACACAUGAGAAGGUUCUGAAGGGGCAACUGUACGUGGAUCGAUAUCUCGAAAAGGAGCAGUUUAGCUUUAUUGAUUACAUAUCUUCUGGAUUUGAACUCAACUUCAUGGUUGCAGUAGAUUUCACGGCUUCCAAUGGAGAUCCUCGACGUCCAGAUUCCUUGCACUGUAUAAGUUCACCUGGCCAGUUUAAUGCAUACCAGAAAGCUAUAAUGGAGGUUGGGGAGGUCAUUCAGUUCUACGAUUCGAAUAGACGCUUCCCUGCUUGGGGCUUUGGAGGAAGGACAGACGAUGGUACCAUUUCCCACUGUUUCAAUUUGGAUGGCAAUUCAGGUGCCUCAGAGGUUGAGGGAGUUGAAGGCAUAAUGGCUGCGUAUGCAAGAUCUCUACACAAUGUCACUCUGGCAGGACCCACUCUAUUUGGACCUGUGAUAAACAUGGCUGCGCAAAUAGCUGCUCGUUCCCUUUCGCGUAAUAGCUCCAAGUAUUACGUAUUGCUUAUUAUCACGGAUGGAGUUGUUACAGACCUUCAAGAGACAAUUGAUGCUCUGGUCAAGGCUUCUGACCUGCCCUUGUCGGUUCUUAUAGUUGGAGUUGGAGCAGCUGAUUUCACGAGCAUGGAGGUAUUGGAUGCUGAUAAUGGACGUAGGUUGGAAAGUUCUUCAGGUCGUAUUGCUACAAGGGAUAUAGUGCAGUUUGUUCCAAUGCGAGAAGUGCAGAGUGGAGAGAUUUCGGUUGUACAAGCUCUUCUGGAAGAACUACCACAGCAAUUUUUGACUUUCAUGAGAAGUAGGGAUAUCCAGCCCAUUAACCAUCUUGCUCCAUUGCCUCGUGCAUCCACUAGUCAAUAGAUUUCAACUUCUACACCACCAACCCUCCAACAAACCCCCCCCCCCAAACCCAAAAAGGAAAAAAAAAAAAAAAACCCUCUUUAAUGCUUAUAAAUUCCGUGAUGGUUAGUUCUAUUGCUGAUGGAUUUUUUCCCCCCGGAGAAAUGAAUUGUAAGUAGAAGUUUGAAUUUUCUCUAUCAAAUUUAUUAGGUUCCCUUAUUUGGCAUUUUUAGAGCAAAAUCCAAAAUCAUAGAAUUAUUUAAAAUAAAUAUCAAUGUACUCUCUUCAUUCUCAAUAUAAAGUGUUUUUAACCGAAUUACGUAAAUUAAUAAAAGUUUAUUAUUAAAUUAAAAUUCCAUUAAAUUAUAGUAUUUUUUUAAUUUUACUCCCAAUAAUAUUAAUUAUUAUCAUAGUGGUGGUAAGUAAAUCACAUAAUUAAUAUCUCUUUUUUUUUAAGAUAAGGGUAAAAAUAAAAUUAUCAAUUACUUAAAAAUAUCAUAACAUUUAUUAAAUUAAAAUUGACGAGCUCUUGUUAUGAUAAAUAGUUUUAAAAUGACUUUAAAUGUCAUUCUCUUGAUAUAAACCUUUUAGUUGUAAAUCACAUGAAGUGAUUUGUAAAACUUAGAUGCAUGAUUUGAAAGCAACAUAAUAAUUUAUAAUUACUUUAAAUUUAAUGGGUUAAAGGGUAAAAAUAUUUUAAAUAUUUUUUGAGAGUAGUAGUAGAUACCUCUACUUUUUCAUUAGAGCAUUUGUCCGAAAACUUAAAAAAAAAAAAAAGGAAAAAAAGAAGAAGAACAGAGAGCAAUUUCGGCCAUCGUGGUCGCAAGUUCAGGUUCACGGUUAAACAAGGUUGUUUGACCAAGCAAAAUAACAGGGGGCCCACGCGGAGGACAUAUGGACCCAACUGACACCCCGACCGUUGAGAUUCUCUGUCCACACUGCAGUGAAAUUGUGGUGGUGACAGAGGCGGUGAUGAAGGAAAGGGCGAUAAAGUGGGUGGUGGUGGUGGUGAGGUCGAUGGAAGCGGAGAUCUCGUGCAAUUGGAUGAUGAGGGAGAAUCUGGUCAUGGAGUUGCAUACUUGAUCGGUGGGGCUAUCUAAAUCUUCGGGAAGCCAUAUCUGAAUCAAGGAUCUCGUACUGUUGGAGCUUGAAGAAGCCAUUUCUAAUUCAAGGAUCAAAAAUUUCCCAACGUGAUUCCCAAAACGACGAGCCAGGCAAACAGAUCUAAGAAAAAUUAUGGCUGAUUAAAAGAUGUAAGAUGACAAAAAAUGAAAAAUAGACAAGCGCAGUCCGGGAAAUACUGAGUUCAAACAACGGCCAUAGAUUAGAGUUCUUAGACAGGUCUGCCGGGCUCUAUGGAAAGCACGUUGUCGCAGAAUUUUUGAAGACGGGAUGUCGUGCAUCAAUGCACAUAUUCUAUCAUGGAAGAAUCCAACCGUGACAAAUACAGACACAAUAUUUCAAGGAUCUACAAAUGUAUUGGAUUAGAUCAAUGGAUUCCUCCUCCACCGGGUGAAGUGCAGCUGGACGUUGAUGCAUCAGAAAAUCAGGCGGGCAACGCUGCUUGUGGAGGAUUAGUGGGAGAUGAGCAAGCUGACUGGGUCAUUGGUCUUCAGCAGAAGAUUUGGGACAACAUCAAUAUUGGAGACAGAAGUUUGUCAACAAAGAGGUGUUCAACGCCUACAGGUUUUCUCUGAUUCCCCAAAUGCGAUUCUGUCAUCCCCUCAAACAACUGGUCAGCGAUAUCAGAGAUUUAAUAUACAAUGAGUGGAUUAUCUCAGUCAAUCAUUCCCCCUGGGAGUUCAUUUGCUGUGCAGACCAUAUUGCUAAGGCAGGAGGCUCAUCUCACCGCUUGUGACUUUCGACUGCUUCAUGGUCGUCCUGCAUCUUGCAUGGAGUUAAUGGUCGCUGAUAAGAGCAAUCUCUACUGUGCUCUUUUGUCCUUUUCAAGCUUGCUUGCCACUUGUAAUUAAAAAAGAAAAAAAAAAGAUUAAGGAUUCAGAAAAGGAUUUAACGACAAAUAUACGAUGUGAUAAAACAAUCUCGUCUUCAAAUCGAAAUGAGCUAAAUAUUGAU